AUGGUCGCCUUUACUUACCUCGCCGUCGCCGCCGCGGCCAUCUCCGGCACCCUCGCCGCCCCUGCCCCGGCUGCCGGGCCAGAGCUCCCAGACUUUGAGGUCGGCGCGCACAACCUCGCCCGCCGCCAGGACUACAACCAGAACUACAAGACGGGCGGCAACGUCAACUUCUCGCCCAACUCCAACGGCUACUCGGUCACCUUUUCCGGCGCGGGCGACUUCGUCGUCGGCAAGGGCUGGAAGAAGGGGUCCGACAGAAACCUGACCUUCACGGGGAGCACGACGCAGACGUCUGGCACGGUGCUGGUGUCCAUCUACGGGUGGACGCGGAACCCGCUAGUAGAGUACUACGUGCAGGAGUACACGUCCAACGGCAAGGGGUCGGCGCAGGGGCAGAAACUGGGCACGUUCGACACGGACGGCGGCACGUACGAGAUCUGGAAGCACCAGCAGGUUGGCCAGCCGUCCAUCGCCGGCACCACCAACUUCUGGCAGUACAUCUCCAACCGCGUCGACAAGCGGCCCAACGGCGGCACCGUCACCAUGGCCAACCACUUUGCCGCCUGGGCCAAGGCCGGCCUCAACUUGGGCGCUCAUGAUUACCAGGUGCUGGCUACCGAGGGCUGGGGGAAUGCGGGCGGGAACUCAAAGUACACCAUCUCCGAGGCGGGCGCUAGCGCUUAGGUGGCCGUGGCUGGGAGGUGAAUACCGAAUGGACAGUUGACGUUGACAGACCGCUGAUUAUCCUGGCCAUGAUGGACAUGAUGUUGCUGUAAAUCCACAAUGUGGUCAAUCACCAGACGAAUGUAAAGCACAAGACCGACAGAACUUUGUGCGGUGUUCCGGAUCGCGCUGUUUGGGGCUGUGACAUGGAAUGAUUGUCGGUAUCUGCUGGAUUGCUGCGUUUCCAUUGACGCCAGAGGCCAAGGCUCCUUUGCCACGACCACCGAUCGUAUUGCAGGUUCCUUUGUGAGCUUGUAGCUGGUUACCUUGGUUAUCCCCCGUAUAUUGCACAUUCGGU